GUUUUGUGGAUUCCAAAAAAAAUAAGCCACCAAAAGAUCAGUCUAUCUAGAUACAGAAUUUAAUCACGCCAAGCAAUAACUGCGCAUUUUCAGGAUCCCCCAUCACUCCACCACCCCAUCCCAUCUCUCUCUCUCUCUCUCUUUUGUCAACCAAUAGUCCAUCCCACCCGAAAAAUAAUAAAAUCAUCUUCAUCACAUCACACAAAAACACAUAAAGAAAAAAAAUAAAAAUAAAAUGGGAACAGAAACAAACAGAUCAACAGUUGAAAUAACAGAACCGUUGUUAAUUAACGAACCAAAAACACUGGAAACAGAACUACAAAGUGUACCAGAAUGGAAAGAGCAGAUUACUUUCAGGGGCUUAAUUGUUAGUGGUUUGUUAGGUACACUUUUUUGUAUAAUUACACAUAAGCUGAAUCUAACUGUUGGGAUCAUACCUUCCUUGAAUGUAGCUGCUGGUUUGUUGGGUUUUUUCUUUAUCAAAACAUGGACUACUUUUGUUGAUAAGCUGGGUUUCUUUGUUAAGCCUUUUACUAAACAGGAAAACACGGUUAUUCAGACUUGUGUUGUUGCUUGCUAUGGCCUUGCUUUUAGUGGUGGUUUCGGGUCGUAUUUGCUUUCAAUGGAUGAGAGAACAUACAAUUUGAUUGGUGCUGAUUACCCUGGCAAUCGUGCCGAAGAUGUUAAAAACCCUGGUUUAUUGUGGAUGAUGGGUUUCAUUUUUGUUGUCAGUUUUCUUGGCCUCUUCAGUCUUGUUCCACUUCGCAAGGUCAUGGUAAUGGAUUAUAAGCUUACAUACCCUAGUGGAACUGCCACGGCAAUGUUGAUAAACAGUUUUCACACUACCACAGGUGCAGAGCUUGCAAGGAAACAAGUAAACUCUCUUGGAAAGUAUUUAAGCAUAAGCUUUGUAUGGAGUUGCUUUAAGUGGUUUUUCAGUGGUGUUGGGGAUGCAUGUGGUUUUGAUAAUUUUCCCAGUCUUGGCUUGAUGUUGUACAACAAUACAUUCUACUUUGACUUUAGUCCAACUUAUGUUGGAUGUGGUCUUAUUUGCCCUCACAUAGUCAACUGUUCCGUUCUUUUUGGAGCUAUUAUAUCUUGGGGAUUUCUUUGGCCCUUCAUUACUACACGUGCAGGAGAUUGGUAUCCAGCCGAUCUUGGCAGCAAUGACUUCAAAGGUCUCUAUGGGUACAAGGUUUUUAUAGCCAUUGCACUUAUUCUUGGUGAUGGCCUUUACAAUUUGGUUAAAAUAGUAGCUAUCUCCAUCAAGGCAGUGUUGAACAGCAGCACCAAACAACAAAAUCUUCCUGUAACAAAAGAAAUUCUAGAUUCUGAGACAUCCAGAUUACAACUUGAGGAAAAGACGCGUGAUGCUGUUUUCUUAAAAGACAGUAUACCAACAUGGUUUGCAGCUUCUGGAUAUGUAGUCCUUGUUGCAAUAUCCAUGGCUACAAUGCCACUUAUUUUUCCACCGCUAAAAUGGUACCUGGUUUUGUGCUCUUACCUUAUCGCCCCUGCCCUAGCUUUCUGCAACUCCUAUGGAACUGGUCUCACCGACUGGAGCCUGGCUUCAACAUAUGGAAAAAUCGGCCUAUUUAUCAUUGCGUCAAUAGUUGGCAGUGACGGUGGUGUCUUAGCUGGUCUAGCUGCAUGUGGAGUCAUGAUGUCAAUUGUUGCCACCGCCGCUGAUUUAAUGCAAGAUUUCAAAACCGGUUACCUCACCUUAUCAUCAGCCAAAUCUAUGUUUGUAAGUCAGUUAGUAGGCACCGCCAUGGGAUGCAUCAUCGCACCACUCACCUUUUGGAUGUUUUGGUGUGCAUUCGAGAUUGGGACCCCCGAUAGUCCUUACAAGGCGCCAUAUGCCGUAAUAUAUCGUGAAAUGGCAAUUCUUGGUGUAGAGGGGUUUUCAGAACUCCCAAAACAUUGCUUAGCAUUAUGCUGCGGGUUCUUUGUGGCAGCCCUGGUUCUAAACCUGAUUAGGGAUUGGGCUCCUUCAAAGGUGGCUCAGUUCAUUCCUAUUCCCAUGGCAAUGGCCGUACCAUUUUAUAUUGGGGCUUACUUCGCGAUUGAUAUGUUUGUUGGGACAGUGAUAUUAUUUGUGUGGGAACGAAUCAACAAGAAGGAUGCUGAAGAUUAUGCAGGUGCUGUUGCUUCCGGGUUAAUCUGUGGUGAUGGGAUAUGGACAAUCCCAUCAGCAAUACUUUCUAUCCUAAGAGUUGAUCCGCCGAUCUGCAUGUACUUCGGGCCAUCGGUGAGUUCAUGAGCAGAUAAACUGUAGCUGUAAACCAUGUACCUUGAAAGUUAAGACUUAAAUGCAGUUGAGAUAUGUACAUAUAAUCUCACUUUCAGUCUUUCAUAUCCAGUAAUUGAUUUAUGAGACUAAUUAAAUGUGUCUCAAUCUCUUAAUGGGCCUUUCAUUUCUUUUUA